AUGGCUGCUGAAUUUGUUUCCCUAGAGGCCGAUGCCAGACAAACCUUAGCCUACCUUCGGGGGUUUGCAGAGUUCCAACAUGUUCGAUUGCUUGUGACCGGCGAACUCGCCGUAUGGAGAUAUUUCCUUGAUCAUCAGGUAAAGGAGGCAGGGAAAGUUGAAUUUCUCAUCUUUCUUGGAAAUGGGUUCGACGAUCGGGUAAACGAGCUUCCCUCCGGGGCUUCGGACCUGCUGAAGCAGAGACUACUGUCCAUGCACCCAAACAGUUUUCAGCAACGACUCGGCUUCCUCGAAGUCAACGGUACGCCCCUUCUUUUUAUACCAGGGGAAAUAUUCCCCUACGUUCCACAAGGAACAACAACCAUCGCGGGAACCGGAACACAUGGUCUACCAUAUACCACCGCUGCAGACUUGCUUGUUUACAUGGUUAUGAGUUGCUCCAUGGAUUGGGCAAGACAGCAGCCGAGAGAAAAUGUUGACGCGGUCGUGCAUUUCUUUCAAUAUCUCGAAUCACAGGGGCCCGCCAUUUUCUCGCCCCAGCAGGAGGAAUGUUUAGCUAGCCAGUUGGAUUGGCUUACGAGCAAUGGCAGAUGGGACAGAGAGUGGUGGAGGCAAAGACUUGGCCUUCCCUGA